UGUGCCGGGGUGAAUAAGGGCCAGGUGUCAGCAAGCUGAGUAGACGAGCACGGCACGAUGUCAGGCCGAAGUGGGAAGAAGAAAAUGUCCAAGCUGUCCCGCUCCGCCCGGGCAGGAGUCAUCUUUCCUGUGGGGAGAAUGAUGCGCUACCUGAAGAAAGGAACAUUUAAGUACCGGAUAAGUGUUGGAGCCCCGGUUUACAUGGCGGCUGUCAUCGAGUACCUCGCAGCUGAAAUUCUAGAACUGGCUGGGAAUGCAGCAAGGGACAACAAAAAGGCAAGAAUUGCCCCCAGACACAUCCUCCUGGCAGUUGCUAAUGAUGAGGAACUGAACCAGCUGCUAAAAGGAGUGACCAUAGCAAGCGGAGGCGUCCUGCCCAGAAUUCACCCCGAACUGCUGGCUAAAAAACGAGGUGCCAAAGGCAAGUCUGAAACUAUCCUUUCCCCUCCCCCAGAGAAAAGAGGGAGGAAAUCUAUGUCAAGCAAAAAGGGUGGAAAGAAAGGAAAGGCUGCCAAACCCCGGACAUCCAAAAAGUCCAAGCCAAAAGAUAAUGAUAAAGAAGGAACCUCAAAUUCUACAUCUGAAGAUGGGCCUGGGGAUGGAUUCACCAUCUUAUCUUCCAAGAGCUUAGUUCUAGGGCAGAAGCUGUCCUUAACCCAGAGUGACAUCAGCCAUAUUGGCUCCAUGAGAGUAGAAGGUAUUGUCCACCCGACCACAGCAGAAAUCGACCUCAAGGAAGACAUAGGUAAAGCCCUGGAAAAGGCGGGUGGGAGAGAGUUCUUGGACACGGUGAAGGAACUCCGUAAAUCUCAAGGACCGUUGGAAGUUGCUGAAGCCGCUAUCAGCCAGUCCAGUGGGCUAGCAGCCAAGUUUGUCAUCCAUUGUCACAUCCCUCAGUGGGGUUCAGACAAGUGUGAAGAACAACUUGAGGAGACGAUCAAGAACUGCUUAUCAGCCGCAGAAGAUAAGAAACUGAAGUCUGUGGCUUUCCCACCUUUCCCCAGUGGCAGGAACUGCUUUCCCAAACAGACGGCAGCCCAGGUGACGCUCAAAGCCAUCUCGGCCCACUUCGACGACUCCAGCUCUUCGUCGCUGAAGAACGUUUACUUCUUGCUCUUUGACAGCGAGAGCAUUGGCAUCUACGUGCAAGAAAUGGCCAAGCUUGACACCAAGUAGACCAAGCAGCCAAAUCAGCUUUAUUUUUCAACCAGAGUUUGAACAGGAUUGACAAUAGAGCGAGAGUAGGUCUUAUUUUUGGAAGGCGCGAGCACUAAAGCGGUCCGAUUUAGUGGAGCGAAGAGAGGUAGGGCUGAGGCUGUGAAAAAUGUCCACCUUUGUGAAAGGCGCCCUCUCCCUUUUCUACCACCUUAAGAAUUAAUUAGCCAGCUCCCUGCAAGAAUUUGUUUUAAAACGUGUUUCCUUCUUGCUAUUUUAGAACUUUUGAAAGGACAAACCUCAUUUUAGAUUUGUAGCAUUGACCUUUUGCACAAAAAAAAAUUUCAAAAUUCUUAAAUCCUUUGUUCCUCUUUCUUUUCCGAGAGGGGAGGGCGUAGCGUGAUUUUUUUUGGUUGGCUUGUUCGUUGUCUAGUCUGUGUUGGAGGAAGACUCAGAGACAUUUCACUUGGUGCUUUUCUCAAAUAUGUUUACCCCAUAAUAAUCUCUGUAACUUCUGAAAGUGUUUCUCUUUGGGUUUGUUUGUUUUUUAAGGAAAAAGAAAAAGGAAAAAAAAGCUCAGCGUACUUCUUACCUCAAACUCAACUUCAUUGCAACACCCAUCUUCCACUGUGGGCAGACAUGGUUCUGCAGUGGGAUGUUGAAGGUACAGCCAUAGCCUGGCCCCCGGGGGAAGAGGGAGAGUGGUGGUGCCACAGUGGUGCUUCAGGCAGGUGGGUCUUUGGGCUGGGCAUCUUAGGGAAACAGUUCCAUUUAGGG